AAAAUGACUUGAAAUGAAAGCAAUUGAGACCCUCAUUUUCAUAUAGAAAACAUCACUUGGACAAACGUAUAGAAGUAUGUGUUCUGCUGUGGGAUUGGACGAUACAAACUUUAUAUAAUGCAGAGGCAAAGAGCCUGGGUCAUUUGUACUCAGAAGAGCGACUGAAGCAAGAGAACUCUGCAACAGGAACCAGCUGACUUUGGGAACACACUGAACAUGUCCAGAUUAUUAUCAGUGAUAGAUGGGAUCAGCCAGAUUGAAGAACUUUCUAGAGCCCUAAACAGUGAUCGAAAUGCAGCUAUUGAAAUUUGUAACCACAUGGAAAAAUAUCAUCUAACAAACCCAAGGACCUACUCAUUCAGUGGAGAUGUCUGUGAUCCUCCUCACCCUACAGUCAAAAAUGAUCAGAAAGCCAUGUGCUCCUUCUCGAAGCAAGUGGGCACAGCCACCGGAUGUGUUGGAAUUCUGAUGUAUGAUAUCACCUCCGGCUCCCAGGUCUUGCACCGUCUGGCCAUUAUGUUUUCAGUGCCCUUUGACUACAACCUGUACGAAAACUGGUUUGCUCUGGGGAUUUUUCCUAAAGAUCAGGCCUGUGAUCAUGAUCUCUACAAUCUCAUGUAUUAUAAAGAAGCCAAGAGUUUCACCAGAGGCAAGGCGGCAGGGGGGAACAUGUUGAAACAUGGGGAGUCGCAGAUUGAAGUCAAAGGAACUAUGUCAAAUAAAGGCAGCGCCAUCCUGAAAAUAGAGAUGCAUGAAACAUAAGCUAAUCAGUAAGACGUUUCCCCAUUACAUAGCUGGUAGACUGCAUAUGUCAAAUUGCUUAUAGAUUUAAUUUUGACAGUUUAGAAAUCAAUGUAUUAAAUGCACAUGAUUUCUUACUUUUUUCUGCAUUAUCAUUAAUGCACUGUGCUAGUUUUUAUGCUAUUUUGCUAAUAUAUUUUGCUUAAUACAUUAGUUGUGCAAAAUGAGUUACCUUAGUAAUAAUGCAAUGUUUUUACAAUUUUAGAUUUCCCUUUUGCAUAGUAUGUUUUAUCUAACUGCAUUUGUCUUUGAUCCAAUGCUUGUGGAAAUAAAUUAAUACAUACAGCAGA